AUGCCGCCAUUGACCACCUUAAUAGCGAUAGCCGUGAGCUGCUCCGUCGUCUUUAUUGUGUCUGCGAUAGUUGGCACGGUCAUUUGGAUAAGAGUCCGUCAGGAUCGCCUGUCGCUGGCGGUGGCAAACGCGAAGCAGGAUGGAUUUGCUCUACAACAAUACCAGGGGGAGACGCUGACAGAACUCUCGCGGGAGGAGGGCACCGCACUACGACAGUAUGGACAGCUCCCAUAUGGAAAGCCGUCUGAGUGGGGAGUCCUUUCAUCUCGCGAGAGCCUCAUUCUAUCCCCUACGGACUCCGACACGUCAUCUCCCUUGGACGAGAAAGCCCGUGACAUGCGUCGUUCACUAUCCCGGUCUCUUUCAAGCCGCUCUGCGCGGUUGUCACGACACCUCCUAGGACCACAACGACUCAGCUCACUGUCUCCACUGACGGAGCAUUCAGAGAAGCGGCAAUCGGCUUCACCGACAGUAUCUGGAAUUGACGAUAACGUACCGAACUCUGCUGUCGAGGGUGCGUUCGAGCUAGCAACGGAGACCACACCGCGGCAUACCCCAGACCGAGAAGAAGAGCAAUUGAAGGCAAGUCUCACGAGCCGACCAAGCUCGGGGACAUGGCCAUUGAAGCAUCAUAGGGAGCGGUCCGGCAGCCUGUACCCGCUCAUGGAGGAUAAACAAGACGGUUGCAACCCAUCCAAUGGUCGGGUACGUGGGGGAAGCAUCACUGCUCAAACGGCCGGGUCUGCGCCCGAGCAACCUGUACCUCCACCACCGUGUGCCUAUCCGCCAAACCGCUUCCGUUUGUCAAGGAAUGACUCAACUUGUCUCUCUUCGCUGAGUCUCGAAACCGCAGACAGCUCCAUUCUGGAGGACAGCAGAAGAACGUCGACAAAUGUCGACAGUACUUUCACAUCGCCCGCUUUGCCUCCAUGUCCCACAUUCGCCCCGUUUGAUGCCAACGACGUUGGACGGAUGGAAUAUGAUCGAAGAGGCCUUGGGCCAGCUCCAGUCGUACCAUCUCAAUUCGUCUUCCCGUCAAAUUCUGGCACCGCGUGGGAAGCCAGGAGACUUGAAUCACCUCGCUCUUCUCCGCGUCGAAGCUUGACCACACGGAGCCCGAAUCAUUCGACGGAACGCGUCAGUCCACCGCCACGACGAACCGAGUCUCUGUCUGAAAUCAAGGCCAAGCGAGACUCAUCCCUGUGGGUGAAGCCUCUGGAUCUGAGCCGCCCGCCUUCCCUCAAUCCAGUACCCAAUGGAGCCUUAGUGCCACAUUUCAGUCAAAUGCAACGCCGUUCGAUGUAUGGUGAUCAGAAGAACGAGCUCGAUCCAUUUUACAACGUGAUCAGCAAUUCUGCCUCGAGCACUGACACCCGAUUGAAGCCUAGUACCACUGGGAUUCCGGAUGGUCCUCUGCUAGGCCCGAACAGUCAUCUUAGACCCCCUCUGCCCUCUGCACUCAAAGGGAGCAGUAGCACCCGCAAAGGCCAUCGGCGGCAGAACUGCGUUCGGAUCUCGAUACAUCCUCCAAUCACGUUUGGUGGCCCAGUCUUCUCGCCUACAGCCGAGGAGCCGGAGGAGACCGACGAAAUUGAUACCAGCCGGGCACAAGUUCCCAAUUCAUCAAUCUCCCACAUUUCAGUUCAGUCCAACGGUUCAGGCCUUACAGUGAGUCGGGCCAGCUAUGAUGAGCAACAGAAGGAAAACUCGCGAGUUACGGAGAUUCCAGAUGAACCCUCACAGGGAGGACCGCCGAAGCUCAAGGUGAACUCACCUACUGAUGUCGGGGAUCAUACUCUGAGUAUCAUGGACAUGGAGAAGUCAUUGCCCGAUAUUGUGACGACUCUACCGCCCCCCAGGAUUGAUACCAACCUGUCGACUACGCCAUCUCCGGAAAAGAACAGUCCGGUCUGGAUAAUUCCGCAUUACAACAGCUCGCCGACGGGGUUCGAAAACUCCUCGAACCCUGGCAGUCCGCGCCGUACAGCCGUCAAGGGACCGCGUCAACCUCCACCACGGUCAACAGCACGCGGCAGCUUCCGCUCACUGAACCCUCUCGAUGAUAAUGCCAUGACGCAGUCAAGUCCGCCGAUGCGUCAUUCGCGCGGUCCCAGUAUGGGCAAGGAACCGGUACGCAAUACCGCCGAAUCACCAUUGCGUCCGAAGAACGACCCCAAGAACAUGGUGGCCCCGCGGUACCAGGGUAGUCCGCAUCACAUUGUUUCUCCAAUCAGCUAUUCUCAGGCGCAGCUCUGGCGGCCAGCGGCCGCUGUGCCAAAACCGCCAACUGCGAAUAGCGGCAUCAUAGUUCCCAUCUGGGAAGACCGGGCUUCGGAACCCAAGGGCAAGGGUCCCAGAAAUUCUUCAGUUACUUCGCCCAGCGAACCUUCAGCCCAAGUUGGACGGGCAAAGAGCCACCGAUUGAAGCCCGGCCCUGGCAGUUCCCGACAAGGAUUUCGUACUCCGACGAAAAAGCCUGUCGGACUGGGAAUUGGGGCUGCCACGCCGGGAAGCUUGUAUGAUGGAGAUGGGUUCCUGAAAGAAUAG